UUUUUUUUUAAUUUCUUCUAUUAUCAAAACGCAUAAUAAUGACAACUAAUAUGGAUGAACAGGGAACAUCUGAAGACUUGGCUUCUUAUUUUAUGGAUGUAGCAAAUAAACUUCAAGCUAAAUUGGAUGAUGCAAGCGAUAAAAUGACUAAAAAAUUAGAUGAAAUGUCUAAAAAAAUAGACACCUUAGAACGUUCUUUUUUACAGCAAAUGGAAGAAACAUCAAGCAAUAAUGGUAUUAAUUUGCAAGGAGCAAACGACAAAAAAUAAACAUUGUCAUAGAUAUUCAAAUACAUAUACACACAUACAUACAUAUAUACAUAUAUACACAUAAUAAAGCUCAUUUAUGUAUGCCUAUAUCUCUUUAUUUAAUUAUCAGCUUGAACCCAA